CGGCAGCCCGCUCCUGGGGGACUCGCGCCUCGUCUCUCUAGUCUCCUUCACUAUGGGAUGGUACCAUCGAGAUGCAGUCCUCCAGCAGCCCAGCACGCCCGGUUCGGCGUAAGGGCCUAGAGCGCCUACGUCAUCUUCGGCUGCCGGAAGCUGGUCGGAGAACGCCGGCUCCUGAGGCGACCCGCCAAAUCCGAAGGCGAAGUCCGUUGGGAGAGGAUUAGCCGGCGAAGGGAAGUGGGAGACGGCGGUGGUACCCCCGCGCCCCUCCUGGCCCCCAGCCGUCGGGCCCUUGGCCCCCUUUUGCCAGCUUGACUGGGAAAAAGUUGGGAGUUGCGGCGGUUUUUUGUUCACGAGUGUCGCUUGGCUCGCCGCGGUCCCCGAAGAAUGGCCAGAACCGCGAGCCCCGUGCAGACCCUGCAGGAGGAGGCGGUGUGCGCCAUCUGCCUCGACUACUACACCGACCCCGUGUCCGUCGACUGCGGCCACAACUUCUGCCGCGGGUGCGUGACCCGGCUGUGGGGCGAGGAGGAGGACGAGGAAGAGGAGUGGGGGGUGGAGCCCACAGUGAACUGGGAGCAGUGGGGCGACGACUGGGAGGCGGAGGCGGCCGUCGCCCGGGCCCGGCACUACGGCUGGCACCCCCGCCGCUUCGAGGGCGCCGGCCAGGACAGUUACUCGGGAGGCUUCGGGCGCGACCAGCGCCCCGGCUUCCAGGGGGUGAGGCUGGACAUGGGCGGCCUGGAGGACAUCGACGACUACCCGCGCCCUCGGCGGCGCCGGGGCUUCACCUGCCCCCUGUGCCGCCGGAGCUUCCCGCAGCCCAGCCUGCGGCCCAACCGGCAGCUGGCCAACAUGGUGCAGGCCAUCCGCCAGAUGCGCGCGCGCCGCGCGCCCGAGCCCGCCGUCUGCCCCAAGCACCGGGAGGCCCUGAAGCUCUUCUGCGAGGUGGACGACGAGGCCAUCUGUGUGGUGUGCCGGGAGUCCCGCGCGCACAAGCAGCACAGCGUCGUGCCGCUGGAGGAGGCGCUGCGGGAGCGGGAGCGCAAGGAGAAAGAAAAGGAGAAAGAAAAGGAGAAACGGUGAAACCUCACAUUCUGCGUGCUGCCACCAACUUGAGAGGAAACUCAGGAAUUCCGGAAUGUCUUCAUCCUUUCUGCUUAAUGCUGAACUGGUUGAUAACUGAGCAUACCAAACCUCAGCAUUCACAACAAACAUCAGCUCACCUUUAUUUUCUACCAGUUGAGAUGAACCUACUGAUCAAAAAAAAAGUGCUUCAAAAACUGGAUGUGCGUUUUCGUUAGCCUACACAUGACCACUUAGGACAGUUUUUUGGAAAUUCUUAUCAGAUGCACUAAGAAUUGGAAAAUUAAAGGAAUAAAUGUUGGUGGGUGUAUCCUAGUAACAUGUUUUAGGUCUAGAUUUUUUGGGCAGAAAACUGGAGUUCAAGAUGCACUACAACAUUGGUCAUAGAGCAUCAGUGCCACUGGAUCUAUUGGAAACUGUCAGCCUGGCAUUGUAGACCAUUGAGAAAACCACUAUACUGAAUCCCAGUUUCUGUUGAUGUUUUGGAAGAUCUUCAUGUUUUUUCUUACAUACUGAAGUUCCUUGGUUGUAACUAUGUUCAGGUGAAUGUGUGAAUUUGGUACACCAGCCAAAGGCAUGUAUAACUUAAAAUUCCCAAAAUGGAAAUUCCCAGCACAGUUUAAUGUACUUAAGCUUAAAAUAUAUCCACCCCAAAAUGGGGAAUACCAAUUACUGGUCAUUAUGAAAUACUUUAAAUGAAAGUUGCCAGAGAGUCCAGCUACAGAAAACCAAUUUAUGCUCAAAAAUGCCUUAACUUUCUCAAUUAGUCUUUUGAAGACCAGACUCAUUGAGUUAUUUUAAGGAGGUGGAGAGGGGAUAUCUAGAACUCUUCAGGGUUCAUAUGCUCUUGAACUUGUUCUCAAAACUGAUAGGUUUUGGGAAUGUUUAACGUUGCUGUUUAUUCCUCACUGGAAGAGAUGUGUGUGUAACUCACUAAGUUUGCUUUGAUUAGAGCUUCCAGAAAUUUGGGCAUGAAAUGUCUAAAUAGAUGGCAAGGCUUUACUCUAUUAUUCUAGUUUCUCCUUAUAUCUUAAAAGCUGUAUUUAUGUAUUUAUUGUUAUUUUUGGUCAAUCUGGCUGUGGGAAGAAAAUAGUGCUACAGAGAGUGUUGUGUUUUGUUCUAUCUUUUAUGUAUUCCACGAAGAAAAGUUAAGAAUCAUGACGUGGUUAUCACGUCAUCUGAAUAAAUGUUUUCCUUCCAAGUUACCAUUA